GUGGCGGACCGCUCGAGGCCGCGGCCCUCCCGCCAUUUUCCCAGCAGGCCGCGCGGCGGCGGCGGCGCCCGUUGCUAGGCAGCGGCUCCGGGCCUAGUGGCGAGGAUGAAGCAGAAGAAGAGCAAAGCCGGGCCGGGCCGGGCGGCGGCCGGCCGUCGUCGGACGGCUCUCAGCGAUGUCUCCCCUUCUACCAGUUUACCGCCUCUGGUGGAAGGAGCCCUGCGCUGCUUCCUCAAGCUGACCGUUAGCAAAAUCCUGUGGAUGGUCGCCAAGCUGCCGGUGCCGUCCCUGGUUCGGGUGAGAUGGUGGGGAGAAACCAGCAACGGCACCAUCUUCGUUCCCCAGGAUGCUUCCCAGCCGGAGCAGAAGAUCCUGAACACCACCACCUGCUACCCAGUGCGAUGUGGGCCCAAGCAGUUUGCCUCUUACCUGGCAGAUAUGGGGGCUCUUCUUUUGGAAGUAAUGACCCAAUCAGACCACCUUCCGAUCGGACGGGUUCAAAUCAAGGGGCUGGCUCAGCUCUCCCCCAGCCACCCAAUCAGUGGAUUUUUCACCAUCGUUUCUCCAUCGUCAGAAAAGAUGGGAGAGCUGCAGAUAUCCCUGCAUCUGGAACCUCUGUCCGAUGUGUACGAAAGCAGCCACACGGUCCCCAGCGCACAUGCGAACAAAGAUGCUGCAGAUUUCAGCCACUCCCUUGCUCCGUCCCAGAUCCACAGACCAGCUGGCACACACCUUCAUGGAAGAGAGUCCAUAGGCAGCAGCAGAGCAAGUACUCCAAGGGGAAAAGAUCACUUAUAUUUCCAAGAGAACUCGGAGAAUAUCCUGAGGAGUAUUUCCGGAUCUCAACACCACCCGAAUUGCGUCUUGAACGCAAAGGAUCCCAAGCCACAAAGGGUGUUUUUGGACAGCUCUGAUCCAGAGGCACAAAUGAAGUCAGACAAGGAAAGCGCAGCGCCUGUCCGUGUUCUUCCUUGCAACAGUCCAGCCACGAAGGAUCUCCUGGCAGACCUUUUGGACCGAGGGAACCGCUUGCGAAAUGCGAUGGCUGUGUCCGCCAUGACAGCCAAUCCGGAUCCCGUCAUAGAACUGUACGAAGCUCGACCUUCCGUAAAGCAGGACCCCUCCCGACCAGCUGGAAAAACUCUGAAGAAUCCCGGCCUUAUGUGUGAAGACCCUCUUGAGCCAUUGCGGGAAUGUUCGGAAUUUGAUUUGGAUGCUGAGAAAAAAGCCAUUGAGCUCCUGCUGGGCAGUUCUGAUUUAUCUCCGGAUCAUCUUGCGGACGUGGCGGGCUCUCCUCCCGGGUCUCUUUCGCCCGCGAGCCACUUGUACGACAGUGAAUUGAACGACCCUCACUACGACCAGAGUCUCUUGGAAAAUCUGUUCUACGCAGCUCAGAAAUCUGACGGCAGUUUCAGUGACCUGUUUAGUGACGAGGAGGAGGAGGUUGUUUCUUCUGGGAAACUAAGUCGGCCGCAGGGCACAAAGCUGCAGACAUCACCAAAGGCUUUCGAAUCGAGUCCUCGCAGGCGGAAAGGGAAGGCCUUGCAGACGAGAGCCAGCCGUUCCCCUGCUCAACCCACUCCUCAUCCGUCGUUCAGCGAGUCCACAGAUGAAAUCCAAGCUGUCAGUCUGAGCCUUGACAGGCUGGCCCUACUGGGCCGGAUCCACCUAGCCAGAGUGGUGAUUGACAGCUUCAGAGGGGUGCCCCCAGAGGACAGCACUCCGAGUACCCCCAAUCUGAAGAGCCCCCGUGGGAAACCGCCCAGGCCAGCUUUGGCUAAGAGGAGGACGCUCUUUGUGGAGUAUCACUUUCCCGUGGGAACUUCAAAAAAUGGGAUAGGCCAGACAGCCGUAACUACGGAGAUUGUCCGGGUGGCUUCCAGUAGAUUCUCAGCAGACGGGGUGAAGUUUCAACAACGCCACGUGUUCCCUGUCCACUUCAAUGGCUCCAUGAUCACCCAUUGGUGGAAGUCGCCCCUCGAAUUUAACUUGUUUUUGAAGAAAGGCACCCAAAGGAAGCCAGCGUUGAUCGGCACGGCAGCCUUUCCCCUUCGUGAUGUUCUUCGGUCCGAGGAUUUAUUCGUCAGCCGUGAAUUGCUGGUGAAAGAAAACGGUGUCCCAGGACAAUUGGGGCCUUUACAGGUGUCUGUGGAGCUUGUUGCGGCCAACAAAGACGUCUCCAACAUCAAAGCAAGCAGCGCAUCGCCCAGAGCCCCCGUCGGUUCCGUCCGGAGCCACGGCGCCAUUUUGCAGGAGGCUGAAAGCAGCCCCUCUUCCUAUACCAGAAGCCCUCAAAGGAUCCGCCAGGUCCCAGCGAGAAGCGAAGAUCCUUUGCCAGCGGCUUCUCCGAGGUCCCCCAAGGACGUGGGUCGGCAGCCGGUCCCUCCGCCCGUCUCCCGCAACCUCCUGAUGCAGAUAAGCCCCUCGGAAGAGGAAGGAGCGCUGCUGCACGUCCUCUUGAUGGUCUCGGAAGGGCAGAUCAGUCUCCCUCCCAACGGGGGCCUGGACCUCGCUUGCAACCUGUACUUAAUCUGCAAGCUCUUCAGCACCGAAGAGGCCACCAGGUCUGCUGUCGUGUGGGGGACCCCGCGGCCCACCUUCCACUUUUCUCAGAUUACCCCCGUUGCGCUGACAUCGAAACAUCUGGAGCGGCUGAAGAACAACGUCAUGGUGAUUGAGGUGUGGAAUAAGGUGCUCAGCCCGGGAGGGGACCGGCUGCUGGGACUGGCCAAGCUUCCCCUGCAUCAGUUCUACGUUUCGUUCAGAGACACCAAGGUUUCCAGCCUGCUGCUUCAAGCUCAGUAUCCUGUGCUGGCAGUGGACGGCUCCGUGGACGUGGUCGACGUCUUCUCCGGCCAAAAGAACGGGACCCUGAAGGCCACCUUAGCCAUGGGUUCGUCUGAUCAGGUCUUGGCGCUGCAGAGAAUCAAGAAGGAAGAAGGGCCAGCAUCUCCAGCCGUGCCGCGCCCACCGCAUGCCCUGGACCCCUUCCCUGCAGCCCCCCCUAAGCUGCCCAGCGGGGGAAAGGAAGGCCUGGUGGAACACACCUUUGAGGUCCACAUUGAGGGGGUCCAAGGCCUGACGCCCCUCCAGUCCACUGUCUGGGGAGAGGCUGACUGUUACGUCCAGUAUCACUUUCCUGCUCAGGAUUCAGGACGCGACACGCUCCGGGAAGCAGAGCUAAGCGGGAAGGGCCUCGAGUUAAAGGCUUUCCGCACCUCCACCACAUUGUGCGUCCCCGAUCCCGCCUUCCACGAGGAACAUCGUCACACUCUGCUGGUACCAGCGGAUGUCCCAGUUCAGCGGUUGCUACUCGGGGCUUUCUCUGCCCAGAGCCUAGCGGGAGAAGGUGGAGGGAUUCAUUUUGAAAUCUGGUGCAGGUACUACUACCCCAACGUCCGCGAUCAGAUGGUGGCCCGGGCGAGCUUGCCCCUCUCGCGCCUUUGUGCCAUGGUCACCAUGCAGCACCGUCAGGAAGUGGGGGUCCAGACCUUCCGCCUGCCGGUGAUGCCGAGAAUCGGCAGCUCUGGAGAAGUUCAUCCUCGGUCCUCAGGUUUGCUGCAAAUGAGCGUAAAGUACCGACAGGCUUUGAAAGUAAACGAAAGCCUGCUAGAGGCUCAGACCGUUUCCCUCUCUGUCCAAAUCCAUGCAGCGGCCGGAUUGCAAGCCGCAGCCAGGGCGGUGGCCGAAAAGUACCCUUCGUUCCAAUACAGUGCGGAAAUUGGGCUCAACACCUACGUGUCGAUACACCUCCCCUUCCUUCCGGAGGCCGAGCGACGCAGGACGAGAACCGUGGCUCGCUCGUUCUGUCCCACGUUCGGGCACCACGUGGAGCUCCCCUGCCGUCUCGUGGUCCAGAGGAGCAGCGGAGAAGCCUGUUGCCUUGGGGAGCUCCUGCAGCGGUCCGAGAUGGUGUUCCAGCUCUAUCACCAGCCCCUGAACCCAGCUCCAAGGGAAACCCAGACUUUGAAAGAUUGCCUGCUGGGAACCGUACGCGUUCCUGCCAGAGACCUGUUAAUUCGGAGAUCAGGUCUCAGAGGUUGGUACCCUGUCAUUCUCCCAGAGGACCUCUCCGCCUCGCGGUGUGCAAGCGUCAUGCAAAGCGUCGUCGGAGGCUUGGACCUUUCCGUUGCGUUUGUUCACCCCGGAGACCGAGAGCGUGUUCUGGAGACUGCGAAUCUUCUAGGCUGGAAUUGGAAGGAACCCUACUCUGACGAUCUGCCGGAGGACAGCGAGAGCGACGGCCACUCCCCUUCAACACCGGUCCAUGUGACUGUUUCUACUCCGCGGCUGUGGCUACCACUACAGACCAUGCUACUCGCAGGACAGACCCACUUAAAUAAAAGUGUCUAUUGCUACCUUCGCUAUAAACUGUACGAUCAAGAAGCCGCCUGGACGUCACUUAGGAGGCCGAAAACAACAGAAGGCGAAAAACACGUGACCGUGACAUUUAAGAAUCCCAACCAUAUGGAGCUCCGGUCAAGUCCGGCGUUAUUCUGGUAUUUCAGGGAAGAAAAACUGGAACUCCAGGUGUGGCGAGCUUACGGCAAAGACGGUGAUACGGAAAGACCGCGGGAUACCGACCGCUUGAUCGGAUCAGCGUACGUGGACCUGGCAUCUCUGGCAGACAAGCCACGAAAGAAGAGAACAGUCAGUGGUGUCUUUCCCUUGUUCCGACGAAACGCUGCCAACCUGGGCGGAGCCGGGCUACGCGUUCACAUUGCGGUGACACCUGCUGGUUCAUCGGGCGGGCCUGGGAACUCCGAAGAUGACCGGGAUAGCAGCAACAGCAACAGCGUUGAAGAAAAGAAGGCAGCAGAACAGCAAGUGGAAGUCCGCACGGAGGCGAAUCCUCCCGUCGACGAGCUCCCACAGGAAAAGCCACCUGUGAGUGAUCUGGAGAACACGUUCGCCGCGAGCGUUCUCGUGGAAAGAGCCAUGCACCUAAGCUUAAAAGGGAGCCCUCUGGCAGAGCGGGGUGUGACGUCUCCCAGUAGCUACGUGUCCUUCGUGGCCACAGAUGCCGAUAACCCUUUUACCACUGCCACGGUGGAAAACACGGACUCCCCCGUGUGGGAUUUUCAGCAGCAGACAAGACUCUCCAAGGAGCUGCUGUUGGAUUCCCAGAAAACUCUGGUCUUUAAAGUCUGGCAUAAAGCAGACGUGGAGCGAGUGAUGGGCUUUGCCUCCGUGGACCUCUCGCCCCUGCUCUGCGGCUUCCAGCACAUCUGCGGCUGGUACAACGUCACCGACCUCAGCGGGCAGUGCCGGGGGCAGGUGAAAGUCGCCGUCUGCCCACUCGAAAAUAUCGCUCACCUGAAAGGAGAGAGGCAGGCCAAAAGCUGCCAGGUAAAGGACCCAUAUCCUCCGUUCUCCUCCUCCUUCUCCACAAGAGGCACGGCCAGAUUUCCAGGAUCUCCAUGGAAGAAGAGCCCAGAAGCUCCCGGUCCUGCGAGCAGGACUGGAUCCCGUUACAAAGAGCACGUGCAGAAUGUCCGACGGUUCCACACGUCGUUACAGCAAGCGGAAGAAAACACGGACCACUUUGGAAGGCUCGAUUCACUCUCGGGUCCCUCGCAGACGUCUCUCUUCAGAGCUCUCAGAAAAAACCUGAACGAGCUGGACGAAAUCCAGAGGUACUUCAGUGAGAAACUCACCAGACCUUUCACAGACUUAAAUGCUCCUGGUAGCACCAUGGAUGGUCUUGACAUCCCGAGAGCUUUCUCCAAGGAACUAGAUCCAGAAGGAGACCAUCUGCAGAAGAAGCCCACUCAUCUGGUUUCUCAAGUUAGCAGCCAGAAUGUCGAUCUAUGGCCUAAGAGGAGAAGCCCUCCUGAAGAGUCCUCCCUCGCUCACGGAGACGUGGACGGAUUCUCAAGUGCUGAGCAGGCCCUCCUUGAACAGCGGAAUGGAGUCACGAGGACCGAGUUGCUCCAGGUUCUUCCCAGCGAUGAAUUGUUGAGUGUCAGGAUAGGUGAAGAAGCCUUAUUGACCCUCCCAAAAUCCCCUUCGGCAGAAGACAUGCUGUAUGAAUUCUUUGACCCGGCAGACUCCCGCGGAGUCCUUCCGUCGUGUCCAUCUGACCCUGCUCAGUCCCACAGCGAGGAAGAGUACGAAGAGGCCGUUGUAGAACCUAGAACCCUGAACGAAAUCACCACCGUGACGGACAGAACCAGUCCCUGGUCCAGCUUUGUGUCCGAAACCGAGCAGGAACCCGUCCCCGAGGCCAACCUGACCCGGGAUGGGGGAUCUUUAGCGAAGGAGAGCGCCCUCAGAAGCAGCUCCCUCUCUAACGGGAUCCACGAUGAUCCUUUGAGCGUGUCCAGCCUCGCUGGAUCCGGAAAGAGCCCUUUCAGAGAAGAAGACGGGGACGGAGUUGAGGAAGGACAAGAUCUAGACGCUGGGGAAGACGAAUCCUCCGAGCGGGCGGAACCAGUAGAAAUCCGAACGUUUGGUCAAGGAAGACCACCGAAAGUCCCGGAAGCAGGACUUGAAGACGCAUCCUCCACCCAGCAAGGUGGAGACUUCGUCAGACCACCGACGGCUGCUCCAGAAGCGGGAGAAGGGACGGAAAACCGGCAGAGGGACCCCCAGCAGGAAGAAGGAAUCCGCGGGAAAGGAGGAGAGGGUCUCCAGCCUUGUCCCGCCUCGCAAGAGAUCGUGCAGCAGGCCGAGGCCUCUUCGGGAGAAGAUGACGAAGACCUGCCCGAAGAGUUCAGCGCGCCCAUGCUCGCCCUAUCCGAGCCUAUUAUGGUGCCCAAUUUCUUCCUUCCCCCACAACACCUGGAGGUCUCCAUGAGACUUCUCAGCGCUUCCUCGAACUCUCCACUGGCUGCUGCAAAUAAACCGGCUGGUUGCGAGAACAUUUUGGCAACUUACUUGAGGCACCCAAAUAAAUGACACCUGUUGGCCUGAACUGUUUGUCCCAGAAACUGGAGAAGAAGCUGGCAUUUUCCUCCUGCCAUCUGACUGCCAGAUCCUGACCCAAAGGAUGACGACAAGAAAACUCUUUAAUUUCCGGUGACGUCUGUACAACCCCAGUUGCGGAGGUCACACAGUUUCCCGGCCUCGGCUGCUGUGAACGGUAAAUUGCAAAGCACAAAAUGUUCCUGGCCAAACUUCCCUAAAUACGCAAAGGGGUGGCUGACUUCCCUUCCGCAGAAGGUGAUCUGUGACGUUUCGCUUAAUCAGUGGGGCUGGACUGGAUGACCUCAAGGAUCCGUUCCCGCCAGACGAUUCUAGCUCUCCAGAGCAUCCAUUGGCAAAAGAUAGGUCCGAAUGCCUGGCGCGUUGGUGAACUUGCAGCACACCCACCAAUACAGGUUGUCCUCGAAUUACAACUGUGGUUGAGUCCAAAAUUUCUGUCGUUAAGCAAGGCAGUUGUUAAGUAGGCUUUGCCCCCUUUUACGACUUUUCAUAGCGCAGUUGUGAAUCACUGCAGCUGCUAAGCCAUUAAAACGGUUAUUGAGUGAAUCAAUCUGGCUUCCCCAGUGACUUUGGGGGGAAAGUGGAUUUGCUUAACGACCGCAUGAUUUACUUAACAACUGUGGUGAUCUGCUUAACCACAGGAAAAAGGUUGUAAAUUCAGCAUGACUCACUUAACAACCAAGUGGCACAGCAAUGGAAAUUAUGGUCCCAACUUUAGUCAUAAGUCAAGGACUCACCUGUACUGAAUUCCCUCAUUUUUCUAGACUGGCAGAGUCCCCAAAAUAAAUUUCCAUCCCUUGCUAAACUAAGUUAAAUAUCUUCCUCAAUUUAACACAAGCUCAGUUAAGGAUGUUGGUCCCUUUGCAGCCCUCCCUGGUGUGUUUGCACCGAACCUGGUUAAAUUGUUCGUCUGAAUGCAGCCACUCCACACCACAGAAGCGUGCAGCUUGGAAGGUUGCAGAAAGAAUGUGGGUUAAUCCUCGACUUACGACCGCCAUUGAGCUCAAAAGGCACGUCGUCAAGGGAGAAGCUUGUUAAGUGAGUUUUGCCCCGUUUUACAACUUUUCACUGCCACGUUAAAUGAAUGACUG